AUGUCUGGCGAAAAUUAUCAGCGCGAUGUGUCGCAGUACAAGUACUCGGCGAUGUCCAACCUGGUCCUCCAGGCGGACCGCCGUUUCGUGACGCGACGGACAGACGAAGCAACUGGCGACCCAGAAUCGUUGGCGGGACGUCUUUCGAUCACAGACAUGGGCGCACGUGUCGCUCGCGACGCUGUUCCCAGACAAAAGAAGUUGAACCUGCCGGCUGUGGAGAGGGGCAACGUCCGCGAGGGCGAGGACAUCCUGCGGCAGCAGCAGAAGAAGAAGGGGGCGGAUCUGUCGAGAGGAGGAAGCAUCCUGUCAGGGGCUGACGCCCUGGUAGAAGGCCUCCGGUACAGACCGCGGACCCAGGCGACAAGAGCGACGUUUGACCUGAUCUUGACCAUCGUGGCCAACAAUCUUGGCGAUGUGCCGCAAGAAGUGGUGCGCAGUGCUGCUGAUGCAACACUGGAGUACCUCAAGGAUGAGGAUCUGAAAGAUUUCGACAAAAAGAAGGAGGUUGACGAUCUGCUCGGUGUCACUCUGAGCCCAAAGGAAUUUAACGAGCUCAUGAAUCUGGGAAAGAAAAUCACAGAUUUCGACGCAGAAGACGACGACGAGGAGAUGGCAGCUGCCGAGGACGAGGGAGAAAUCGACGACCGUCAAGGUGUCGCUGUUGCAUUCGAAGAUGAGGAUGAAGACGGCGAUGGCAUUGUCGACGAAGUCCACGAAGAAGAGGCAGGCUUAGCUGAUGGGGAUGCCAUGAUAAUUGACUCGGCUCCAGCCCGCGGCAAGACACAGAAGAAGACCAGCGACGCCAACUCCAUACCCGCCUUCCAGAUCGAUGCCUUCUGGCUCCAGCGACAGAUAGGACGACUCUAUCCCGAUGCCCACAUACAACACGACAAGACCAUACAAGCCCUGCACAUUCUGUCUGGAGAGCCAGACGAGGAGGGUGGUGACGAAAAGCAACUCCGAGAGAUCGAAAACGACCUCAUGGAGUUGUUCGACUAUGAGCAUCAUGAGGUCGUUCAGGAGCUCAUCGCAAACAGAGAGAAGGUUGUGUGGCUUACCAGAUUGGCUCGCGCCGAGAAUGCACAAGCACGUGAGAUCAUCGAGCGCGAAAUGGCUUCCGAGGGUCUGCAGUGGAUCCUUGAUGAACUUCGUGGCAAGACUGGCGACGAGAAGAAGGGCAAGCUGGAGAUCAAGAUGGACAUCGAUAAGGCCGAGUUCAAGGAAGAGGCGAAGCCGGAGCGCCCAGAAGCUCACUUAAUCGGCGGGCUGCAACCGAAGAAGCUGCUCAACCUGGAUAACCUCGUCUUUGACCAAGGAAAUCACCUGAUGACGAACCCCAAAGUCAGACUGCCAGAGGGCUCUACGAAACGAGCAGGCAAAGGCUAUGAAGAGAUUCACGUCCCGCCUCCCAAGAAGCGCAACGACCCCAGCGAUAACCUGAUCCCCGUUUCCGAGAUGCCAGAGUGGGCUCGGGAGCCUUUCAGUACCGUCAAGUCUCUCAACAAGAUUCAGUCCAGAUGCUAUCCAUCAGCUUUCGAAGACGAUGGCAACAUGCUUGUGUGUGCUCCGACAGGGUCUGGAAAGACGAACGUGGCGUUUUUAGCCAUGCUGCGGGAGAUCGGCAAGCACAGAGAUCCAGAGACGGGAGAGAUUGACUUGGAUGCAUUCAAGAUUGUCAGCAUCGCUCCCCUCAAGGCCCUGGUGCAAGAGCAAGUAGGCAAUUUUGGCAAACGACUGGAGCCCUACGGAAUCAAGGUAUCGGAGUUGACGGGCGAUCGUCAACUUACCAAGCAGCAGAUCGCGGAAACCCAAGUCAUUGUCACCACGCCCGAAAAGUGGGAUGUCAUCACCCGCAAGGCAACCGAUACCUCUUACACCAAUCUCGUGCGCCUGAUUUGCAUUGACGAGAUUCAUCUCCUUCACGACGAUCGUGGGCCUGUUCUUGAGAGCAUCGUCAGUCGAACCAUCCGAAAGACGGAACAGACAGGCGAGCCGGUGAGAAUCAUCGGCCUGUCGGCUACCCUGCCCAACUAUCGAGAUGUUGGUAGUUUUCUUCGGGUUGAUCCUGAGAAAGGCAUGUUCCACUUCGAUGGCACAUAUAGGCCUUGCCCCUUGCGACAGGAGUUCAUUGGUGUCACGGAGAGGAAAGCCAUCAAGCAGCUUAAGGUCAUGAACGACGUCACAUACAACAAAGUUCUGGAGCACGUGGGCAAGAACAGGAACCAGAUGCUGAUCUUCGUUCAUUCGCGGAAAGAAACGGCAAAGACCGCCAAAUACAUCCGUGACAAGGCAAUGGAGAUGGAUACUAUUAACCAGAUCUUGAAGAGCGACGUCGGCAGUCGCGAGAUCCUACAGGAGGCUUCAGACCAAGCUACUGACAAAGAUCUGAAGGACCUUCUUCCUUACGGUCUUGGUAUCCAUCAUGCCGGUAUGGGCCGCGCAGACAGGACUGAUGUGGAAGACCUCUUCGCGGAUGGACAUAUACAAGUUCUUGUCUGUACAGCAACACUCGCUUGGGGAGUCAAUCUACCCGCACACACCGUCAUCAUCAAAGGCACGCAAGUCUACUCUCCCGAGAAGGGUAGCUGGGUGGAACUCAGCCCCCAAGAUGUACUGCAAAUGUUGGGCCGUGCUGGACGGCCUCAGUAUGAUACCUUCGGCGAAGGCAUCAUAAUCACCAGCCAAGGAGAGAUGCAGUACUACCUUUCUCUUAUGAAUCAGCAGCUUCCCAUUGAGAGUCAGCUCGUCAGCCGCUUGGUGGAUAACCUCAAUGCAGAGGUCGUGCUGGGUAAUGUACGGACCCGCGAUGAAGGUGUCGACUGGCUGGGCUACACGUAUUUGUUUGUGAGGAUGCUCAGGUCACCUGGCCUCUACAGUGUCGGCGUUGAGUACGAGGAUGACGAGGGCCUAGAGCAAAAGCGGGUGGACCUCGUUCAUUCCGCGGCACAUGUCCUACGGAAGGCGAACUUGAUCAAGUAUGACGAGAAGACCGGCAAGAUGCAGGCUACCGAACUCGGGCGGAUCGCGUCGCACUACUACAUCACCCACGGGUCCAUGGAGACGUACAACAACCUCAUCCAGCCGUCCAUCACCAACAUCGAACUUUUCCGAGUCUUUGCACUGAGUGCCGAGUUCAAGUAUAUCCCCGUCCGGCAAGAGGAGAAGCUCGAGAUCGCAAAAUUGUUGACCAGAGUGCCGAUACCCGUGAAGGAGAGUAUCGAAGAGGCGCACUGCAAGAUCAAUGUGCUUCUCCAAGCGUAUAUCUCCCGCCUAAGGCUUGACGGCCUGGCCUUGAUGGCUGACAUGGUCUACGUUACGCAAUCUGCAGGGCGUAUAUUGCGGGCCAUCUUUGAGAUUGCCCUGAAAAAGGGCUGGGCUUCUGUCGCCAAAACGGCUCUGAAUCUCUGCAAAAUGGCAGAGAAGCGAAUGUGGCCCACGAUGACACCCUUGCGGCAGUUCCACAACUGCCCAAGAGACAUUGUUCAGAAGGCAGAGCGGACGGAAGUUCCAUGGAGUAGUUUUUUCGAUCUCGACCCUCCGCGCAUGGGGGAGCUUCUGGGAAUGCCCAAGGCAGGCCGAACAGUCGUUGGCUUUGUCAACAAGUUCCCAAGAGUCGAGGUUCAAGCACAAAUCCAACCCUUGACGAGGUCCAUGUUACGUGUCGAGUUGACGAUCACGCCUAACUUUGAGUGGGACGAGGAGAUACACGGACUUGCGGAGAGCUUUUGGAUUCUCGUGGAGGACUGCGACGGCGAGGAGAUGUUGUUUCACGAUACUUUCCUCCUACGCAAAGAUUACGCUGAGGCGGAGUCGAAUGAGCAUGUCGUCGACUUCACUGUCCCCAUCGUAGAUCCUAUGCCCCCUAAUUAUUUCAUUUCAGUCGUCUCUGACCGAUGGAUGCAUUCUGAGACCAGGAUCGCUGUCUCGUUCCAGAAACUCAUCCUCCCAGAGAAGUUCCCUCCUCACACGGAACUUCUCGACCUUCAGCCUCUUCCGGCAUCCGCUCUGAAGGUGAAAGAGUAUGUUGCACUGUAUCCCCAGUGGGAUCGCUUCAACAAGAUACAAACGCAGACCUUCAACUCUCUUUAUUCCACAGACAACAAUGUCUUUGUGGGUGCGCCGACAGGAAGCGGCAAGACUGUCUGUGCAGAGUUUGCACUUCUCCGCCACUGGUCUCAAUCUGAUGCUGGACGUGCUGUCUAUGUUGCACCUUUCCAAGAGCUUGUAAAUAUCAGGUUCCAGGACUGGCAGAAGCGCCUUUCUGGUCUAAGAGGCGGCAAGGACAUCGUCAAGUUGACUGGCGAGACUGCAGCCGAUCUCAAGCUGCUCGAGCAGGGUGAUUUGAUCCUGGCGACGCCAAUCCAGUGGGAUGUCUUAUCAAGGCAGUGGAAGAGGAGAAAGAAUGUGCAGGCCGUCGAGCUCUUCAUUGCUGAUGAGCUGCAACUCUUGGGCGGCUCUACGGGCUACGUCUACGAGACCAUAGUGUCCAGGAUGCACUACAUCCGCACGCAGACGGAAAAGUCAAUGAGGAUUGUUGGCCUCGGCGUCUCGCUCGCCAAUGCCAGGGAUGUGGGCGAAUGGAUUGACGCCAAGAAGCACGACAUCUACAACUUCAGUCCGCAUGUUCGCCCUAUCCCGUUGGAGCUCCACAUACAAUCAUACACCAUUCCUCAUUUCCCAUCUCUCAUGCUCGCGAUGGCCAAACCGACAUACCUCGCCAUCACUCAGAUGUCUCCAGACAGGCCUGCUUUGGUCUUUGUUCCCAACCGGAAACAAACACGAGCUACGACGAGGGACAUUCUCACGGCGUGCCUGGCAGAGGACGACGAGGACCGGUUCCUUCACGUCGACACCCAGCAGAUCCGACCCCUCCUCGAUCGUGUACACGAGGAAGCCUUGGCUGAGGCCCUGUCCCAUGGUGUCGGCUACUACCACGAGGCCCUCAGCAACGAUGACAAGCGGAUCGUCAAGUAUUUGUACGACAAUGGCGCCAUACAGGUGCUAGUAGCAUCUCGCGAAGUCUGCUGGGAGCUCGACUGCACCGCCCACCUCGUCAUUGUGAUGGGCACACAAUACUUCGAGGGUCGUGAGCACCGAUACGUGGAUUACCCCAUGACCGACGUCCUGCAGAUGUUCGGCAAGGCUCUGCGCCCAUCGGCGGACGGUCGGGGACGCGGUGUCCUCAUGGUUCCCGGAGUGAAGAGAGAGUACUACAAAAAGUUCCUCAACGAAGCGCUGCCCGUCGAGUCACACCUCCACUCAUACUUACAUGACGCUUUCGUUACAGAGAUCAGCACCCGCAUGAUCGAAUCUGGUGACGAUGCUAUCAACUGGAUGACGUUUACGUACUUCUACCGCCGCCUGCUGGCCAACCCGAGCUUCUACAGUCUGCUCGAUACCACGCAGGACGCGCUUAGCCAAUACCUGUCAGACCUUGUAGAGACGACCCUCAAGGAACUUGACGAAUCCAAGAUCAUCGAGUUCGACGAAGAGGACGGUUCUGUGACGCCUCAAAACGCGGCCAUGAUCGGUGCUUACUACAACAUCUCAUACAUCACCAUGCAGACCUUCCUGCUCUCGCUCAGCGCGCGCACGAAGCUCAAGGGCAUACUUGAAAUUGUGACGUCGGCGACCGAAUUCGAGGCCAUCCAGAUCCGCAGGCACGAGGAUAGUCUUCUGCGACGCAUCUACGAUCGCGUGCCGGUCAAGAUGUCCCAGCCCGACUUUGACUCGCCACACUUCAAGGCGUUCGUACUGCUGCAAGCGCACUUCUCCAGGAUGCAGCUGCCAAUUGACUUGGCCAAGGAUCAAGAAGUCAUCCUGACCAAGGUCAUCAGUCUUCUCAGCGCGACUGUUGAUAUUCUUUCCUCGGAUGGCCACCUUAAUGCCAUGAACGCUAUGGAGAUGUCACAGAUGGUGGUCCAGGGCAUGUGGGAUCGCGACAGCCCGCUCAAGCAGAUUCCUCACUUCACUUCGGAGGUGGUCAAGGUGGCCAACAAAUUCGGCAUCAAGGAUAUCUACGACUUCAUGGAGGCGAUGAACCCCGAGGAAAAUCCUCAGUACAGCGAGCUCAUCAAGGCCAUGGCUCUGUCCCAAAAGCAACUGUCCGAGGCUGCCAUGUUCACCAACAGCAAAUACCCCGAUAUCUCCCUUGAGUUUGAGGUCGAGGAUCCCGAGAACCUGCACGCAGGCGAACCGUCGUUCCUCAACAUUCAAAUCGAGCGCGAGGUGGAGGAAGAUGACGAGGUCGACCUCGUGGUUCAUGCGCCGUUUUACCCAGCCAAGAAGGCGGAGAACUGGUGGCUGGUGGUGGGUGAUGAGAGCUCCAAGACGCUCCUGGCUAUCAAGCGUGUCACGGUGGGGCGCCAGCUGAAGGUCAAGCUGGAGUUCACGGUGCCUACGCCUGGAAAACACGAGUUGAAACUCUUCUUGAUGAGCGACAGCUACGUUGGGGUGGAUCAGGAGCCUGGGUUCGAGGUCACAGUGUCUGAAGGGAUGGAGGUUGAUGAGGAGAGCGAUGACGAAUAG